CAAUUUUCAUUUCAAACAUUUGAUAAUUUCUUGGUGGAGCUGCUGCAAUUGUUGGUGGGAAAAAAAUAGACCCUACUUUAGGAGAAACAGAAAAUCCAGUAGAAAACUACAGAGAAGACAGGAUUGAAAUGGAGGAAACCCUAGAGACCCUGUCAAGUUUUGGAAGUGAAUAUUCUAAGGAGCAAUCAACAACAAUUUCAACAAGUUACACAGAAGAUGAAGAAAUAAGCAGUGGAGAGACUGAAAAAGGCCGCUCGCGAAGUGUUUGCCGAGCUGUUUUGACUCUGAUUUUGAUUGCGCUUGUUUGUGGAUUGACCGGUGUCCUCUUUACUCAGAUAACUAACCUGCAAAAUCUGAGAAAGAUAGAAACGGAAAACACUGAGAUGAGGAGAAUGCUGAACUUAAACGUCUCCACAACAAAUUACAUCAUGUUGUUGUCUGCUGAAAACACCCGGCUGAAACUGCUCUUGCAGAACACAUUGCUAGAAAAAACCCGGUUGCAAGUUGAGAACGAUGAGAUGAAGAAGUUUCUAGAAUCAACCCAGAAAAGCUAUGAACUUGCAAUAGAGGUAACCAAUGGACUGCACCUGGUUCUGAAUCAAUCAUUGCACAUCAUCGCCACGGCGGCUGAAGAAAGCAAACGGUGGCGCCUGCAGUUCAACAAUAAACAACAAACCUCCAAGAACCAGCGUUCAAUCCUGUUUUCCAACAAACUGUCCUUCCUCUGGAGAUUGUGCAGCAACGACACGCUGCAGUGUUCACGCUGCAUGUCUGGCUGGAUCGAACACAGGUCGCGUUGCUUCUUCCUGCCACAAGAAACAAAGAGGUGGGAAGAUGCUCGCAGGAAAUGUCUUAACGUGGGGGCUGACCUGGCUGUUGCUUUGAAUGCACAAGACCACGCAUUCUUGACCUACAUGACUUUUCAGUUUGUACAGAAGAACCCUCAACAAAACCUCAGCUCAGCGUGGAUCGGGUUGCAGGAAAUGGAUGAGGAGGGCGUCUACAUCUGGGUCAAUGGCAACACAACCCACAGAGAUGACAUUCACUGGAGGAACAACACCAUGGCAUCCGGAAACAAAAAUGGGACAGGACAGGACUGUGUUGCCAUCGUCCCGCCGAGUGGCAUGAGACAGGACAAUAGGUUAAAAUCCUGGGAUGACAUUGUUUGCAGUGAAAAACAGCACUACCUGUGUGAGACCACGGCUCUCAUUUUGUCCUGACUGACAGACCUGCGAUAUAGCUGCAUGUUGUAGAUGUAUGUUGAUUAAGAUGUUGAGAAAAAGCAAUCGUACUUGGGGCCCUAAAGAUGCUUCCUUUGUUUAGAUAAUAAUAAUAAACUUUUUACAAGUGUUUACAGAUG